AUGGCCCGGGGCGCACUCCCCCUGCUCUGCUGCGCCGCUGCCCUGCUCGCUGCCGCAGCGCCGGACCGGAGGACCCUGCCCCUUCCAGACGAUGCGGCGCCGGUGCUGCCAAACCGGCUGGUCCUGGCACCGCGGCACCGCCUCAGCACUCCCGGGACAAAGGGUGCCCCGGCAUUCCGUGCUACUGUGGGGCCCCCGUUCCCAGCCUGGGCCCCCCGCACCCUCCCUGCACCCCGAGGGGGCCUCGGCUCACCCAUCCUGGCACAAUGGGUGCUUGGCCCGGGCUUCAACACCAUCCUGGCAGAGGGUGGCAGCUGUGGGGACCCCCCCAGCCACACCGUGCCCCUGGGAUUUGGGCAGAUAAGGGGCACUGCCAGCACUGCCCGGCAAACCUGCUCCGUCCCACGUGGCCACCGGAGCGUCCCCACCACGCCUGGCCCCGAGGGUGGCCCCACCCCUGGAUCAAAACCACCUCCAACAUCUCCAUCCAGCACCACCACAACACCAACUCCAUCCCAUGCCACGGCAUCAGCAGCAUCUUCAGCACCUCCAUCCAGCACCAGCACAGCACCAGCUCCAUCCAGUACCCCUGGAUCAAUGACACCUCCAACAUCUCCAUCCAGAACCAGCACAGCCUCAUCCAGCACCACCACAGCCCCAGCUCCAUCCCACACAAAUGCAUCCAGAUCCACACCGCAUCCAUCCAACUCAACAGCAACGCCAGCCCCAUCCUCACCCAGACCUGCUUCUCCCAGUUCCCCCGCACCCACAGUGAGCCUGGGUCCCAACAGCACCAGCAGUGCCAGCACCAGCACCAGCUCCAGAAUGACAGCAGCCACUGAUGGCACAGCUGGCAGCUCCAGGCAGCACCCCACUGAGCCGAGCCCUGCUGUGGUGGUGAUCAUCUCGCUCUCCGUCUGCGUGCUGGUGGCGGGGGCGGCCGCGCUGCUGGUGCGGCUGUCCCGGCGCGGGACCCCCCGCUUCCAGCACCUGGAUGAGGUGCCCAUGGGGGGUCUUCUCCGGUGGCGGCGGGACGAGGAGGAGGAGGACGGGGGGGAGUCCCGGUGGCUCCGAGGGCUGCGUGCGGAGCCGCUCCCGGUGCACCGGCCGUGCCUUUCCCCGAGCGCCCCUCGCCCGGUAACACCCCGGUACCCCCGGCUGCGGCUCCGCACCGUGUCCGGCAGGGGGCGCCAGCGCGCUACCGGCGCUCGGUACCGGCGGGCGGGGGGCGCUGCCCGGGCGGGACCCUCGGAGCGGGAUCAGCAGGGAGCCCCCGGGGCCGCUCCCCGCUCCCCUCACCGCCGCUCCGUUUCCCGGCAGCGCUGCCGCGAUCCCUCCGAGGCCGCCCCGUCGGGCCCGGGCCCGGGAGCGGCGGUGGGCGCCGUGCGCCGGCGUUUCUCCGGGACCCCGUUGCUGCCGCCGCUGGGCUGCCGGUUGGCGGAGGCGGCCCGAGCCCCCGAGCCCGAGGCUGCCCGGGUGGUGUUCACCAUCGAGGAGAGCGGCCCGAGCAGCGGCGAUGAGUCCGAGCCCCCCCGGUAA